AUGCUCGCCAGAUCUAUCACCGCUACCCUCGUCGCCAUCACAGGCCUCGUCAUGCCUCUUGCGGUCACCGCGUCGCCGGCGGAGCCCGGGUUGCUCGACACUCGAGGAAGAACUAAUGGCCAAUGUCGAUUCGACGACGGCGGCCAGUGCGGUGGAAGAGGAUUCUGCCACUUGGUGACCGGCGAGGCCCUUUGCUGUGGAAACAUGAACCACUACCACUGCUCUGGUAACAACAAUCAUUGCGAGGCGGGUGGUGCUAGGAUCGUCGUCAACUGCGACUAA